CUACCUGUCGAGCAGCGGGCUGUGAAUGUGCAGGUGUUUCACGGCCACCCGAACGCGCCAGUCUGCGUGGCGGGCAGAAGACACGGUGCCGGACGCGCCGCGGCUCAGGUAGCGCAAGUCGGCGAGCUUGUGGUACGGGAUGGUGGGCAGGGCGCUGCAGAUGGCCUCCUCGUUCAUGGUAGCGGGUGGCGCGGGCACUCAAGCAGCCGAUCGAUUCCGGAAGUGCCAGCCGCUCCCGCGGCUCCACCCCCUGCGCGAGCCGUAUCGGCAGGCACUACAGCCUGCCGGACAUGAGGUCACGAGGCCGUCCAUUCUCCGCGCAGCGCACGCCAAGCCGCUGCUUAUCCGGAGCCGGAGCGGACUCUUCUCUUCAAGAGACUGGUCAACUCUGCGGCGGCGGGGCGCACAGGGGAGGAGCUUCCUCUCUCCGACCUGGCCCUCCCAGGCGCUGCCAGCCACCCGAGCCCGCCUUUCGGAGCUCCUCCCUCCCCAGACUUCUCACGCGACGUCAGCGGCGGAUGCCGAGGCGGGGAUGAGGGCCACUGGCCCGCGAUCCUCCCAGCAAGGCUCCGGCCUCGGCCUCAGGCCCGAGAUCUCCGCCUUGUGGCGACCAGACGACGUGUGCCACACCGGCGGGGCUCGGGCGGGGGCUUGGGAGUGGGGAAGUGAGCCAGGGGCGCUCAAUUUGUCUUCUCUCCCCGCAACCCACAAGGUUGGAAAGGUUUUCUUGUGGGGAAAUUUCCUCUCCGCAGCUUCACACUCAGUCAGCGGACCCUCCCACCCAGGAGGAAUCUCCCCUGGUCCCAUCGGCGCGUCUUCCGGGAGUCGCCAAACACCAGACAGAGGUAGCGGGGUGGGUGUGGCAGCUGCCAUUUCCUGCGCGGAAAGCCCUUUGAGGACGUGCGGUGGUGACUUACUAGGGCUCCGCGCUUCUCAGCCCGGUGAGUCAGGUAGGGGUGUAGAUUCACUUGCUUAUCUGGACUCCAGUCUAACCUCACUUGCAACUACUUCAGUCGUGUGGGGGUGGCUGAUAAGCCCUGUCAGAGUUUAAUCCUGUCUAAACGUUCAGAUGUUUAGUUCCCGUUGAGUGCUUCUCUACUAGGGACCUAUUUUUCUGACUUUUUUUUUUCUCUCCUGACGUCCAUAAUUACAGACAGAGAUUGAAAAGUAACCUUGAGAGAGUCCCUCCCUUGAUUCCAGGGAAAGUUACUAGAGGAUGUGCUCCAACGAAACAUGAGAGCAAGACAAGAAAGAGAAAGAUGUGGGAUCCAGAAAAAAGGACCAGGAGAAUGUGACGGGAAAUUCCAGGGUGAAAGAUAUGUGGCAGAAUUAGAGAGCAGUCGUUUUCACCAGAGAAGGAAGAUGGCAGACUCCAAGAAGAAAGACUGCAAAGUGAAUCAGCUAUAUGUAUACAUAUAAUGUCCAUGGACAGAGGAAUGGAUAAAAAAGAUGUGGUAUAUAUAUACAAUGGAAUGUUAUUCAGCCAUAAAAAGGAAUGAAAUUGGGUCAUUUGUAGAGACGUGGAUGGAGCCAGAGACUGUCAUAAAGAGUGAACAGCAGUGCCUCCCGUUUCUCGUCCUACACCUGGUCACUACCAUGUCCUGUACCGCGGGUGUGGAGAAACGCAGUUGGGCUGGCACGGGGAGACAUACUGCCUGGUUGGCGGCUACCGGCUCUACGGGGAUGUUCCUUUGGCCAUGCCAGCUAAGGUAGACGCAGAGAAGCCAGUCCCCAGACGUGCUCCGAAGAGAAAGCACUCUCUGGAAUGGUCGGACGAAGACCUGGGUUGCCCCAGACCCAAAAUCCGGCGAUUGGAGCUUUCAAGCAGCACAGGAAUACAAGAUGCUCCUUUGGCCACGCCAGCCAAGGUGGAAGCAGAGAAGCCAGUCCCCAGACGUGCUCCGAAGAGAAAGCACUCUCCGGAAAUGCCGGACGAAGACCUGGGUUGCUCCAGACCCAAAAUCCGGCAACUGUAGCAUGGUGCCAGGAGGCGGACCCCACAGAAUCUUGCAGGGGCCCCUUUGUGAGCUGAAGAAAGAAAAGUCUAGAAAAAACGGAUAGCUGGGAGGGGAAGAUGGCAGAAGAGUAAGACACGGAGAUCACCUUCCUCCCCACAGAUACACCAGAAAUACAUCUACACGUGGAAAAACUCCUACAGAACACCUACUGAAUGCUGGCAGAAGACCUCAGACCUCCCAAAAGGCAAGAAACUCACCACAUACCUGGGUAGGGCAAAAGAAAAAAAGAAAAAACAGAGACAAAAGAAUAGGGACGGGACCUGCACCAGUGGGAGGGAGCUGUGAAGGAGGAGAGUGCGCGUGGCGGAGGGGGGAAGCUUUGGAGCCGUGGAGGAGAGCACAGCCACAGGGGUGCGGAGGGCAAAGCGGAGAGAUUCCCGCACAGAGGAUAGGUGCCAACUGGCACUCACCAGCCCGAGAGGUUUGUCUGCUCAGCUGCGGGGGUGGGCGGGGCUGCAAGCUGAGGCUCGGGCUUUAGUCAGAGCGCAGGGAGAGGACUGGGGUUGGUGGAGUGAACAUAGCCUGAAGGGGUUAGUGCACCACGGCUAGCCGGGAGGGAGUCCGGGAAAAGAUCUGGAGCUGCCGAAGAGGCAAGAGACUUUUUCUUCCCUCUUUGUUUCCUGCUGCGCGAGGAGAGGGGAUUAAGAGCGCUGCUUAAAGGAGCUCCAGAGACGGGCGCGAGUCGUGGCUAAAAGCGCGGACCCCAGAGACGGGCAUGAGACGCUAAGGCUGCUGCUGCCGCCACCAAGAAGCCUGUGUGCGAGCACAGGUCACUAUCCACACCCUGCUUCCGGGGAGCCUGUGCAGCCCGCCACAGCCAGGUUCCCGGGAUCCAGGGACAACUUCUCCGGGAGAACGCACGGUGAGCCUCAGGCUGGUGCAAAGUCACGCCAGCCUCUGGCGCCGCAGGCUCGCCCCGCACUCCGUGCCCCUCCCUCCCCCCGGCCUGAGUGAGCCAGAGCCCCCGAAUCAGCGGCUCCUUUAACCCCGUCUUGUCUGAGUGAAAAACAGACGCCCUCCAGCGACCUACACGCAGAGGCGGGGCCAAAUCCAAACCUGAGCCCCUGGGAGCUGUGAGAACAAAGAAGAAAAAGGGAUAUCUCUCCCAGCAGCCUCAGAAGCAGCGGAUUAAAGCUCCACAAUCAACUUGAUGUACCCUGCAUCUGUGGAAUACAUGAAUAGACAACGAAUCAUCCCAAAUUGAGGAGGUGGACUUUGAGAGCAAGAUUUAUCAUUUUUUCCCCUUUACCUCUUUUUCUGAGUGUGUAUGUGUAUGCUUCUCUGUGAGAUUUUGCCUGUAUAGCUUUGCUUCCACCAUUUGUCCUAGGGUUCUGUCUGUUUUUUUUUAAAUUUUUUUCUUAAUAAUUAUUUUUAUUUUAAUAACUUUAUUUUAUAUUACUUUAUCUUCUUUCUUUCUUUCUUUCUUUCUUUCUUUCUUUCUUUCUUUCUUUCUUUUCUUUCUUUCUUUCUUUCUUUCCUUCCUUCCUUCCUUCCUUCCUUCCUUCUUUCCUUCCCUCAUUUAGACAAAGAAUCAUCCCAAAUUGAGCAGGUGGACUUUGAGAGCAAGAUUUAUGAUUUUUUCCCCUCUUCCUCUUUUUGUGAGUUUGUAAGUGUAUGCUUCUGUAUGAGAUUUUGUCUGUAUAGCUCUGCUUCCACCAUUUAUCCAAAGGUUCUAUCCGUUCGUUUUUUUCUUAAUAAGUAGUUUUUAAUUUAAUAACUUUAUUAUAUUUUACUUUAUUUUAUUUUACUUUAUCUUCUUUCUUUCUUUCCUUCUUCCUUCCCUCCUCCCUUCCUUCCUUCCUUCCUUCCACCAUCCCUCCCUCCCUCCAUUCUUUCUUUCUUUCUUUCUUUCCUUCUUUUCUUCUUUCUUUCUUCCUUCCUUAAAUUAAAUUCAAUAUAGAUAUUUAAAUUUAAGGUAAAAUUAAAUUAUAAUUUGAAAUUAUAUAUGGAGUUUUAUUUCCUAAAGAAUAUUUUGGAAAUUUCAACUCUUAUUUUAACUUAUAUUUUCAGAGAAGGUAUUUGGUCCAAAUGAAGAAUAUCUUCAAUUAUUGUUCUUCUAUUGCAAGCAAAAAAGGAUUUAUACUUCUUUUCAUGAAAUACGGUUGUUUGACAACAGAAGGAUAAAUAUUUUAUAUUUUUAGAAACAACAGUCAGGCUACUGAUAUUCUUAAUGAGUUUUAAUAAAUCUGAAUGCUUCUUAUCAUCUACUCUUUAGCUGGUACCUGAGGAGUUGUAUACCUCCGGGAAGAUAUGUGCUCCAGACCCGUAAAUAUGCAGUUCACAGAGCCCACUACCAGAGGACAAUAAUGAAAGACAGAAACACACAGAGACAAUUCCAUGUGACAACAGUGAAAGAGACCAGAGUGAUGCAGCUGCAAAUCAAACAACUGCCAACACCAGUGAUUGAUGGCCACCACCAGAAUCUGGUUAAGACAAAGAAGGAUCCUCCCCUUGAGGCGUCAGAAAGAACAUGGCCCUCUCAACACUUUGAGUUUGAACUUCUGGCCUCUAGAGCUGUGAUAAAAUAAAUUUCUGUUCUUUUAAGCUAACAAGUUUGUGGUAUCUUGUUAUGGUAGCCCUAGAGAUGACAGUAUUUGAUUCCUGAGCUGGCAACUGUAUUUUGACUAUGUAAUGACUAUUCCAAGAAAAUCAACAGACACAAAGAUAAAGGCAAAACUGAGACUAAGCCCAGUUCUUUUUAUUCCCAGAAUAAUAAAUGAUUUUUUAAUUAAUUUAGAUCUCUUUGUCUAACCCCUCUGCUUUUCAGAAGAGUAUGUGGGACCAAUCAAGUAUUCAUAUGUUAUACUUUCAUUUUAAUUCAUCUCAAAUUAUUUCUAAUUCCCCUUAUGAGUUCUUACUUGACCCAUGAAUUAUUUAGGAAUAUAUUCUUUAAUUUCCAUUUGUGAUUUUCAACAAAUUUCUUUCUGUUAACGAUUUCUUAUUGCAUUCUGUUGUCAUCUGAGAGCACUCUUUGUAUUGUUUAUGUCCUUUAAAAUGUACUGAAAUUUGUUUUAUGGCCUAGCAUAUAGUAUAUCCAUGUGCAUUUGAAAAGAAUGUAUAUUCUGAUGCUGUUGGGUGGAAUGUUUUAUAGAUGGCUGUUACGUCUACUUGAUUGAUAAUGCUGUUCAAGGUUUUUAUUUUCUUGUUGAUUUUCUGUUGUUCUGCUACUGAAAGAAGGGUAUUAAAGUAUCCAACUAUUA